AUGACGACGAGCAACGCGUUGAAGUCGUCUUUCUCCUUUAGUUCUUCUUCGCAUCGUCAUCGUUUUCGUGAUGAUGAUGAGAAAAAGUUUAACACUAAGAGACGACUCUCGUUUUUCAAAAGAAUCGAGAAAAGAAACAUCGAAACGUCGUCGUCGUUACGCGUGAAUGGAUUCAACGACAACAGAGAGGGGUUUUCAAACGAAAAAUACUCCGAAGAUGUCGAGAGGAAAUACAAUUUUUACGACAACGCGUGUAAUAAGAACGACGAUUACGAGACGAAGAAUAAGAGGAAUGAUUUUUAUAGGAUGAAGCCGAGCGAUGAUGAUUUUGAUGAGAAUAAUACGAAUAACAAUAACAAUAAUAAUAAUAAGAACAUUCGCCCGGCGAAAGAGAAGAAGAGGAAAACAGUCGCCGAUUUAAUGACGAAUCGAAGAAGACUGAGUUCUUCUUCUUCUUCUUCUUCUUCUUCUUCUUCGCAAAAGACGAUGGGGAGUAGUAGUAGUAGUAAACGCGGGACUACCGCGGCGAGGAAAAUCGAAGGAUUAGUAGACGCGAAAGCGAUUCAAGAGAGAGAAAAGAUGUGGGCGAGAGCGGCAAAAGGAAGCGGGAAAAAGAGCGCGGAGGACAAGUACGGGUACUUGUUCGGUGACGGCACCAGGAGACAAACAACAACGCGGAGAAGCGGGGGCGAGAAAGACUUACAACACGAGGAAAAGAAGAAGACGAGAUCUCGAGGCCAAUCGAGGGAAGAUAUACGCGGGGCGUACAAAGCGCACAAGGAGAGAUACUCGAAAGCGAUCACGUGCGAGUUCGAAGAAGAGCGCGAGCAAUUCAAGGAACGGUUGGAAUCGUGGCCGUUAUCGAGAUUGAAAAAUGAAGGAUACUGCUUGUCGGACGUGCGAGCGAGGUACGAAGGGACAAUCGGGAGAGACGCUUUGGUAAGAGUUCUGCGACCGAGGAGAGAUUUGCCGAAAAAUACGCCGUUAGGAGAGGAGUUGCCGUUUCAUCGCAUAUCCGUCGGGGAUAUGGUGAUUUUAUCCGAUAACGAAGUCGAGAGAGUGACUUUAGAGGAUAUCAACGUGUACGGAAGCGAAGAAGGUACGUCGUCCUCUUCGUCUAUCGUCGGCAUCGUCGCGAGCAGACAAAUGUUUUAUUUAACUAUUGCAAUUCCCGAGGACGAUUUAGGGGACGUGUUGAGGGACGGCGAGAACGGACGACGUUUGCGAAUAGAUCUCUCCGCGAAUACGGUGGCGUACGAUCGAGCGAUAUCCGCGUUGGAAGCUUUUAGCGAGCCCGGGGGCAUGCCGGGAUUAGAACGUUCCAAGAUGAACGACAGUAGUGGUGGUAACAAGAAAAGCGGCGGGGACAGUAAUAAAUUAUCUCAAACGGCGUAUCAAACGUUUCAAAGGAGUUUACUCGGGUUCGUUUCCUCUUCCUCGGUGAACUCAUUAGCGUCCACCCCAAUUAGCUGGAAGAACGACCAAAGAAUCGACCAAGCAAUGUCGUCGUACGCGAAAAAUUUGAAUCCAUCGCAACGGAAAGCAGUCAAAGCCGCCAUGCAAAACACUUUAACGCUAUGGAGAGGACCACCUGGAACGGGUAAAACGAGAACUCUGGUUGCUUUAAUCGCGUCUGUGGUGAAUUAUGCAAACGUACAGGAGAAUGGCGGCAAAAGCGACAGAGGAAAAUCUUCUAAUACGCAAGCGUCGUGGAGAGGACCGAAAGUUUUAGCGUGCGCGGCGUCGAACGUCGCCGUCGAUAACAUCUUGGAUGCGUUACUUCGAGAAAAGAUAGAUCGCUCGAUGAACAUUUUACGCUUAGGUUCGCCCGCUAGAGUACAGCCGUGGUUGUUAGAGUCCACGUUGAGUCAUAAAGUCGCGUUGCAUCCGAAGGGUAAAGAAGCGAAUAGCAUUCGCGAACGGUUUCGAGGUAUCACGUCCUUGGAAGCUGCGAAAGCCAGAAAACAAGCGCAACAGUUAGAUAGGGAAGCGGCGAUCCAAGUAGUUAACGCGUCCGAUGUGAUUUUAGCCACGUGCGUCGGCGCCGGCGACGAUUUACUCGCCGACCGCGUCUUUCGCUACGCCUUUGUCGACGAAGCCGCGCAAUGCGUUGAACCGCACACUCUCAUUCCUUUGACGAAAGCGUUGGCGGGCGUGUUAGUCGGCGAUACAAAACAGUUACCGCCAACAGUGGUCAGUCGAGACGCAGUUGCGAUUGGUUUACAGAGAAGUUUAAUCGAACGACUAGAAUUGUUAGGCGUCGAACCGUACUUACUGGAAGAACAAUAUAGAAUGCACCCGGGCUUAGCGGCGUUUUCCUCGGUUCGGUUUUACGAUCGACGAUUGAAAUCGGUGCCGAAACCGAGCGAACGCGUAGCGCCGAACGGAGUCAAUUGGCCGAGUACAAUGGUUCCGUUAGCGUUCGUCGAGGUCAAAGGCGAAGAAAUGCGAGCGCCGGAUGGAAACUCCAUCUUUAACGUCCAAGAAGCCGAAGAGUGCGUGAGAGUGGUACAAAAGCUCUUACUCUCCGGAGACGUGAAAAACGCGGGCGAUAUUGGCAUCAUAGCGCCGUACGCCGCGCAAGUUCGAGCGAUUAGCGAAGAGUGGAACCGAAAAGUAACGAGCGAUGUCAAGCUGAAAAACACGUCCGUAGUCGAGGCCGACAACCCGGAAAGCGCCAAAGACGAACUCGAAAUCCGCUCCGUGGAUGGAUUCCAAGGCAGAGAGAAAGAAGUUAUCGUUUUGUGCACGGUAAGAAACAAUCGUCAAAAUCAACUCGGAUUCGUCGCCGAUCCGAGACGAUUGAACGUCGCGAUUACGAGAGCAAAAAGAGGAUUAAUCGUCCUCGGCCAUCGAGACACGCUCUCGACGGAUCAGUUAUGGCAGAAAUGGCUACAGUUUGUCGAUAAAUACGAGUGCGAAGUAGAAAGCGCGGACGUUUUUUUAGAUGAAUCAUAA